AUGUUUCCACGAUUCGAGGUAGCUGGCUUUGCCAUCACUUUGGUCAUCGUGUUCCUGUUCGGCUCUCGAUUCAAGCCCGCCUUCCCGGAUCUCGACCCCUCGGUUCCCAAAUACGAAGAUGAACCGCCCGAAGCGUCUUUCGUGGACGACGUCGAGCCGCCCAAUCCCUUCGAGGACGCCGAGGCAGGGGACGUCUUCUCGCAGCAGCCCCCAGAGGAAACCGGAAUUGGCAAGCUGGCAGAUACGAUGAACUCGACGCUCGGAUUCGGCAAGGUGUUUGUGAUUUCCAUGCCGGACAGGGCGGACAAACGAGAUGCGUUCAGCCUCCAAGCCAGGCUGUCGAAUAUAACGUUCCAAGUGAGAGACGGCGUUGCCGGCGCGGAUGUCCCUGCCAAAGCUCUUCCACUUCAUUUCGUACAGGAUCCUGGUGCCACGGGAUGUUGGCGCGCGCACUUGAACGUCAUGCAAGAGAUGGUGCGGGAGAACAUCCAGUCCGCGCUGGUGUUCGAGGACGACGCCGACUGGGACGUGGCGAUCAAGUACCAGAUGAUGCAAGCAGCGCGAGCGACACGAUUCGUCACAGGACAGCCCGAAGACGCGAAGUCCAUCUCCCCCUACGGCGACGACUGGGACAUUAUCUGGUUCGGACACUGCGCGGCCAACACCGACCCGGAGCACGAUCGACAAUUCGUUGUCACCGAUGACCCGACAGUGCUGCCACCCUGGUCGCGCUCCGAGUUUAUCAAGCCAGACAUGUCGGCCUGGGAAGAGGACUCGGACGACUACCUGAACUUCCAGACCCGGAUCUACUUCAAAUCGAGCUGGAACUCCUGCACGGCCGCGUAUGCCAUCUCGCUGCGUGGCGCCGAGAAGGUCGUCUUCACCGAGAGCAUGGUGCCCUACAACGAUCCGGUCGACAACGGCAUGGGCGCAAUGUGUAACCAGCACUUCCUCGACUUUACCUGCAUCGCUCCAUUCCCGACCGUGGUGGGCAUCUCCAAACCAGCUGGCCCGUCAAAUCGAGGGAGCGACAUCCGCGGGUUAGAAAACGAGCAGGUCGUCGAACAAGGCUGGAGUGAGCGGCUGAUGUACUCGACCCGGCAGAACAUUCCUCGCAUCCUCACGGGGGAAGAGGACUUUGUGAGUGUGUUUGGCACGGACGACGUGGCCCCGAUGUCGCUCAAAGACAUCGGAAGCGGAACAGGGCACGGAGAAUGGGUCUGGGCAGGGACACGGUACUUCAACGAGGACGAAUACAAGGCCGUCCGAGACACAGAUCUGAAGCAGGCAGAGGCCGAAGCAGAUCAAGAGGAAGGCAUCGAAGUUGGCGACUGGCAAAGCCCGAUCGAGCCGGAAAGAGAGCAGGGCGAGCAUGAGGUAGAAGACAGGACUGUCGGUAUCACGGGCAAGCAGGAUGGGGCUUCCAAGGAGGGGGCAGCUGAGGUGAAACUUGCAGACGGUGCCGGAGCAUCAGGGCCGGAAUCAGAACGGGAGUCGGACUCAGAGCGAGAAAUGCUGGGCCAUACACCCGAACUGCUUGAAGCCCAGCCGCAGUGA